CUAUGACAGAAUGGCUGUCGAGUCGAUUGAGUACAGACAGCCUUAUAUUAUUACUAAAAAAUAUUAAAGUGAAAAUCAAUUAUUUUAAUGUAUCGAAGUCAGUAUUAGUAUAAGUUCGUGUAAUUUAAGCAUGGAAAUACGGGUCUUUUGUUAGCAAAACUGAGGCGGUAUACAGCAACGAUAUAUGAACAUACCAGAUAACUGUCAUGGCUUAAUGGAUAAGAGUGUGACUGAGCCUACACGGAGUUCCCAAGACGUAACUGAUAACCAAUUCUCGACCUGAAUAUCGCUAAGUGUACAAAAUGGCGCAGGUGGGAGCUAACAUGGAAUAUCAAGAGUACAAAUGGGCAUACUCAAUCAUGGACUCCUCCAAGGUGUCAGCCUGUCUGAUCUCGAUGCUGCUCAUAGUCUACGGUAGUUUCCGUUCACUGAACAUGGAGAGGGAGGCUCGCGAAAGAGCUGAGAGAGAAAGAGAGGCGUCACUGCUAGGAGGGAAACCCGCAACACCUUCGAGCUCCAACAACAACGUGCAGACAUUGAACACGAUGCAAGCGCUGUGCUUCCCCCUGGGCUCGUCCGUAGCGCUGCUGAUCAUGUUCUUCUUCUUUGACUCCAUGCAGACCCUGGUCGCCAUCUGCACUGCAAUAAUAGCGUGCGCGGCGCUGGCGUUCCUGCUGACGCCGCUGUGCCAGUACGUGGCGGGCGCGGGGCGCGGCGCCGUGCUGUGCGGCCGCUACUCCGCGCCCGAGCUCGCCGCCGCGCUGUCCGCCGCCGCCAUCGUCGCCGUGUGGGUCUGCACCGGACACUGGCUGCUCAUGGACGCCAUGGGCAUGGGUCUGUGCGUGACGUUCAUCGCCCUCAUCCGUCUGCCGUCGCUGAAGGUCUCCACCCUGCUGCUGACCGGGCUCCUGCUGUACGACGUUUUCUGGGUCUUCUUCUCCUCCUAUAUCUUCACUACCAACGUCAUGGUGAAAGUCGCUACUCGGCCGGCCGAGAACCCGAUGAACGUGGUAGCGCGGCGGCUGCAGCUGGGCGGCAUGCGGGACGCGCCCAAGCUGUCCCUGCCCGCCAAGCUCGUGUUCCCCUCCAUGCACCACCAGGGACACUUCUCCAUGCUCGGUCUGGGUGAUAUCGUGAUGCCGGGACUAUUGCUUUGCUUCGUGUUGCGAUACGAUGCUUACAAGAAGGCGACUCUAGUAUGCCAAAUGGGACAAGUGCCAGGGCCUCGUUCUAUGGGUUCGAGACUGACGUACUUCCACUGCUCGUUGCUGGGUUACUUCCUGGGUCUGCUGACGGCCACCGUGUCGGCGGAGGUGUUCAAGGCGGCGCAGCCCGCGCUACUCUACCUCGUGCCCUUCACGCUGCUGCCUCUACUUACGAUGGCAUAUGUUAAGGGCGAUUUAAGAAGAAUGUGGAGCGAACCGUUCAUAGCUCCGCCUAAUGGCAAGGGAGGCGGCGACUUCGACGUGUGACUGUCCCCCUCGCCGCCUCGUCCCGCGCCGCCCCCGCCCCCGCUACGUGCGCUCGUGCCGUCAGCGACUAGCGAGCCAUCACCAGUUCUACUGUUCCACUGCAGUGCGAGUCACAAAUUAAACGGGGUCUAAUCGUACAGGCACAGUGUAGUUGUUCACGUGAAUCGGUGUGCAUUAGUAAAUAAAGACAUACGUUUUACGUUCUAAGUUUAUACGAUACGCUUUUGUUUCGAUUUAUGAAUACAAACGGAAGUUACGUGUGACAGGGUAACUUUGCGCACUUUAUUGACAGUAUUGCAGUAUUAGGAAUUACUGUAAAACCAUCAUUUACCGUGCAUUCGUGUAGUUAUUGGUAGUUUUCCAAUUACAGAGCAUAAUGCGACUCAGUGACGCACAAUGCCGAAUUAUGCUGAAGCUUAAUUGGAACGUGAAUUAGUUUUCAAAUGCAUCAGCAGAGUGCGCUAAGUUAGCACAGUUUUAAAUAACAUUGAUUAUUUCUAAGAAACUACGACGAGACGAAAGCCUUACAAUUUUUUUCAACAUUAAAUAAUAUUACUAACGAUAAUAUAAACAAAAUUUCGAUCAAUGCCAACUUAAAGAAAAACACUUGUCAAUUUUCUGUCACUGAGUCGGUAUUGAUUGCGAGUAUCACGCGAGAGCAGUACUUUUGAGAGUGCUCGAUUGUGCUGUAGUUGGAACAUUCAACGUUGAGCAUUAUGCCGCAUAAUGCGCUCUAGUGCUGUAAUUGGAAAACUGCGAUUGUUCAUUUUUAAUAAUGAGUGCGUAUUAAAAAAAAGAUCGAUUUCAGUGAUAACAUUUUAACAUUACUCGAAUACUCGUACUAGAACAAAGCAUUUCUUUGUUGAUUUUUUCUAUUUACAUUUUUAUAAUGUAUUUUAUUGGAUGCGUAACCUUUUUUCAGUGUUAUGAUCUGAUUAAUUAACAAUUGAGAGUGAAACGAAAAAAAAAAAAUUGGCGCAACUAGGAAUAUCUGAUAUUUUGAUGAAAUUACAAAACGUUUCAAUGAAAUAAAAUGAAAAAAAAAAGUCUUAUUCUGCUUAAUCAUACUAACUCGAUUGUAGUUGUAUAUAAAGAAGGAAAUUAUGGAAAUUAAAAAAAAAGUUAUUCUUAUGAGUUUUUUUAUAUAUUAUUGUCUAUACAAAACAAACUUAUUAUUAGUGAAUCUAAAUAGAUAUAUAUAUAAAAGGAAAACGGACUUUGUACCCAUUUCAUUGAAGUUUCGUAAGAUUCUUUGGUUCUUUAGUUGCAAUUUUAAUUUAAAUGUGACUUGUUGCGCCAAAUUGUCUAUUUAAAUGUAAAAUCCGCCUAUUUGUUUUUCAGCUAGGUUCCGGUUUUUACAGAAUAGUAAAAUGAACAAUCAUAGUACUAAGUCUUUGAAUCUCAUUUUAUGCUUACAAUUUUUUACGAUUUUCUCUCACAAUUUUUACCUUUGUAAUUAGAUGUAAAUCAUAUCUUUACUUUCAAUGUAAUCAAAAGUUUGUUGUCACUGCCUUAGACUGAUGUUUUCAAUGAAGAUUUUUUCUAUUUGUUGAGAAGAAGUAUUAUAGACAAAACUGUUAGUCUAAAAAAAAUAUAGAUUUUAAGCUAUGUACUAGCUAUUGUUGUUAUUAUUAUAACAACACUACUGUUGUUGUAAAUUAAUUGAAUUUAAUAAAAAAAACGGUUAAGAUGCUACAUUCUAAAAGAUAUAUUUGCAUUGUGUGAUUUCAUUUUCAAUGAGUUUUUAACUAUUUUUUUAGUAAUUUUUUUAUAGUUUCUUUAUAAGUGUAAGUUUUGCGUAAAACUAAUAAGUAACGUUAUUUCUACAAGAGUGAUUUUAUUGAGGCUUCUGGAAAGUAAAACAACUGAUAUCUUAUGAUGAUUUUACAUGAUUUUUAGGCUUUUCUUUCUUAUGAAGUUUUUAGCUGGUUAUUUGUACUUUCUUGAUUCGAUUUAAAAUACAGUCAUAUUGGUGAUUUUAUAGAUAUUUAAAUGAAGUGUUUUGUUUCCUAUAAUGUACAUAAAGUUUUAAAGUUUAAGAUUGAUGUCCUCCUGUAAUUGUCAUCACAAUAUUUGUCAUUUCUCAUCUGUCAUCCCAAGUGUUGAACAUUGUUGUAAAUAUUUAACAUUCACAUAAAUCAUUUCCUAUACAAAAACCGGGAAUGCGUCUAAUAUUUUUAUACGUAUCUGUAGAAUAUAUUUGAAGUUAUGAAUACUUAAUAAAAAUAUUAGAUGAAAUUA